AUGAAAACCGAGCGCAACGCAACAGCCAUGGAAGACGAAGCUUGCUGCACCUGCGCGAAGCUUCUCGCUUCCGUCCCCCGGCACAGCACCGCCACCGAGAAGCCGCUCCCGGGCGAUAGGCGACUCGAGUGCUGCUCUCGUGUAAUCUGCGGAAAUUGCAUCUACAACAAUCCCCGUUUCGCGUCCUACUGCCCAUACUGCCAAACUUCUUCGGCGCCUUCAGUGCUGCCCCCGAACCUCAAGGACCCACCGUCGUACAGCUCCUUCCCACCAACCCACCACCUCUCCUCCGGCGCCCCUGCGGCCCCGCCCCCGCCGUACACGCCCAGCACCGCCGACACAUCUCUCGACGAGAAGAGCGGUGGCAGCGCCCCGUCAUCUUCGACUGCGACGCCGCCCGAGGACACCCUCCACUUCCUGAACCACGAGCACGACACCGUCGCCUCGCUGUCCCUCCGCUACGGCGUGCCCGCCGCCGUCCUCCGUCGCGCAAACAACAUUACCAGCGACCACCUUCUCCAGGGCCGCCGGACGGUGCUGAUCCCGGGCGAGUAUUACGCCGCCGGCGUCAGCCUAUCGCCGCGGCCCGUCGAGGGCGAAGAGGAGGAGCUGCGCAAAAGUCGCAUCCGCCGUUUCAUGACCGGUUGUAAGGUCUCCGACUACGAUGUUGCUGUGCUGUACCUUGAGCAGGUUGGGUACGACCUAGCGGCGGCCAUGGAGGCGUACUGUGACGAUGAGGCUUGGGAGAGAAAUCAUCCCGUGCAAGAGGGAGGGAAGAAGAAGAACAAAGCCGCACCGCGAGAUCGUGGGCCGUUUUGGAGGGGCUCUGCGUGA